UAUUGUAAAUACCGAGAAAAGAGACUUCGAAAUAAAAUUAAACGAUUAUAUAAUGAAAUUGCAUAUCUGAAAGAUAAGUGUUCUCAAUGUAAUGAAAAAAUAAUUAAUGAAGCAAUUUCAAAAUUAUCUGAAAAACAACAAUUAGCAGUUAAAGCUUGUUUUGCGGCAGCAAAAUUAAAAAAUAUAAAAGACAUGAGAUAUUCAAACGAAUGGAUAUACGAAUGUAUUUUACUUUGAAUUAAAAGUACAAAAACGUAUAAUCAUUUGAGAUCUCACAAUAUUUUAACAUUACCUUCCAUUAAAACAUUAAAUCGUUAUAUCAAUAAUAUCAAAGGUUGUUACGGCUUUCAAAUGAGCAUAUUUGAUAUGUUGAAAAAGAAAACGGCAAACAUGGAACCUAACGAUGUGCGAGGUACAUAUACAUUUUAUUAACAAAUUACAAUUAAUUCUUUCAACAUAAAAAAUUUGAUUAUGUAAUAUUGCUUUCUGGAUCGGAUAAUUAUAUAACAAAUUUUUAAAUAUUAUUUCAGUAAAUGUUAUUUAAAUCGUCAAAAUUGAUUUAUGUAGGUGUUUUAUUGCUGGAUGAAAUGAAAUUAUCUAAAACUUUAUAUUUUAACCGCAAGAAUUUAAAAGUUGAAGGCUUUGUUGAUUUAGGUCAAUACACUUCAGAAGAACAAAAGAAAAAAAAGGAGACCAUGCAUUAGUUCUCAUGUUUCAACCCUUUAAAGGAAAAUGGGUUCAAUGUUUGGCUUGCUUUUUGAGUAUUGGAAACACAAGUGCCUUCAUUUUGCAUAAAAUUAUUAUGGAAUGCAUUAUUCUAACAGAACAAUCCGGACUUAAGAUAGAUGCUAUAGUAUCAGAUGGAACAUCAUGGAAUCGAGCUAUGUGGAAGUUAUUUGAUGUAACGGAAGAAUGUGUUAGCAUACAGCAUAUUGUUGACACAGAAAGACGCUUGUGGUUUAUUUCUGAUUUUCCACAUUUGAUAAAAUGUCUCCGAAAUUAUUUUUCUCAAUUUGAUCGAUAUGCAGGAAUUUGGACUCCGGAUGGUGUAGUUUCGUUAAAACAUUGGUAUGCGAUAAUUUCCAUUGAAAAUCCUCACGGAUUUAAUUUAAAAUCUAGUUAUCAUUUGGAUGAAUAUCACAUCAAACCAAAAUAUUAUCAAAAAUGAA